AUGAGGGCCAUUAUUUUCAUGCUGAUUGUAUGCGUUGUAGGCAGUCAAAAAUAUGAACCUACUUUUACCGAAGGUAUGAUGACUGUUUACACGUAUGAAGGUGUUAUUCUGACUGGACUUCCAGAAAGUGGCUUAAACAGAGCUGGUGUGAGAAUUAACUGUGGAUUGAACAUUAUUCCAAUGGGGCAGAACACCUACCUCCUUAAGAUCUCCCAUGCUCAGAUUUUGGAGUACAACGGCAUUUGGCCAAGCGAUCCCUUCAUCUCAGCACAUAAACUCACACAGAAGCUGGCUCCAGAGCUGACCAAGCCUGUGAAGUUUGAGUACUCCAAAGGCCGAGUUGGAAACAUCCAAGCCCCUGCAGACUUGCUUGAAGAUGUCCUGAACAUUCACCGUGGGAUCCUUAACAUCUUUCAAAUCACCACGAAGAAAUCACAAAACUUCUAUGCAUUGCAAGAGGCUGGAAUUGAAGGUGUUUGUCUCACAAAUUACAUCAUUCAGGAAAACAAGAAAGCCAACCGAAUUAUUGUCACCAAGGCAAAAGACUUGAAUAACUGUCAGGAGAAAGUUAUGUUGUUCACUGGUGCCAUCUACGCUGAACUCUGCCCAAUCUGCCAACAGAGGAGUAGGAAUAUACGAGCAUCUGCAACUUUCACCCAUACCCUAAAACCUACAGCAGCUGGCGCAAUUCUUCAGGAAGCAAGGGUUCAAGAAGUGCAUCAAUUUACACCAUUCAAUGAACGUGAUGGAGCUGCUAUCAUGGAAGCUAGGCAACACCUUGUGAUGGUUAACAUCAGGCCAGCAGUAAUACGUGAGCAGCAGGUUCAGUUCGUGAACCGAGGAACCUUGAAAUAUCGCUUUGCCGAGAAUAUACUUCUCAAACCAAUAAAAUUAAUGAAAAUCCAGAAUGUGGAAAAAGCGAUCCAAGACACCCUGACACACCUGGAGAGAGUCCAUUCUGAUACUGCUGCCAAAUUCCUGCAGCUUGUUCAAUUACUCCGAUCCGCAACGGAGGAAACCAUUGAUACCUUGUACAGAAAGUCCCACAACCACCAGCUCCACUGCACCGGGCCCUGGUUCCAGACCUUGAGGAUCAUGAGGCCGAGAGAUCACUUCAGACCACCACGCCGGGCCCAGGACACCACGCCAGGCUGGGAACCCCACCGAGGCCCAGGGCACCACACCAGGCCAGGGCACCACACCAGGCCCAGGGCACCACACCAGGCCAGGGCACCACACCAGGCCCAGGGCACCACGCCGGGCUCUGGACACCAUAUCGGGCCCAGGACACCACACCAGGCCCAGGGCACCACGCCAGGCCCAGGGCACCACACCAGGCCCAGGGCACCAUAUCGGGCCCUGGACAGCACACCAGGCCCAGGGCACCACGCUGGGCUCAGGACACCAUAUUGGGCUCAGGACACCACACUGGGCCAGGGACACCACACCAGGAGCUACCCUGGGAAGCGGCUGCACCAGGCCAGCUGGUCGCUGGUUGCCAGAGCCCAGGAAUUGUUCACUUGGCACUGGAUUCUGUCUGCACUUCCUGCUGUUGGAACAUCUGCCGCAUUGAAUUUCCUCAAAACGAAAAUUCAGAAUUUGGACAUCUCGAUGGCUGAUACAGCUCAGGUUUUGACUCUUGCCAUGCAUCAAAUCACAGCUGACCGUCAAAGCCUAUCGAUAGUCAGAGAACUAUUUGGCAUGAAUCAUGUGCAGCAGAUCCCCCUACUUCGUCAGAUUGUUUACCUCGGCUAUGGCUCCAUGGUUUUCAGAUUCUGUGCACAGAAGGACAUGUGCCCUGACAGCCUACUUAAGCCUCUCCACGACUUGCUCAGUGUAGCUACAGCACAUGCCAAUGAGGAGGACAUUGUACUUGGCCUCAAGGCAAUUGGCAAUGCGGGGCAGCUAGCGAGCAUCAAGAACAUCAUGAAACUGUUACCUGGCUUCGGCACAGCGGCUGCCAGUAUCCCACUGAAAGUUCAGGUUGAUGCUAUCAUGGCUCUGCGUAACAUUGCAAAGAAAGACCCAGGAAAGGUACAAGCCAUCACGAUACAGUUAUUCAUGAAUCGAAAGAAUCAUCCUGAAUUGCGAAUGUCUGCGUGUGCAAUAUUCGUGUGCACUAAGCCACCUUUGAACUCCUUGUUGGUCCUGGCUGAUUCGCUGUUAAAGGAGACCAGUUUACAAGUGGCAAGCUUUGCUUAUUCGCAGUUCAGAUCCUUGGCAAGGAGCUCACUCCCUUCUCUCAGGUCCCUGGCAGCUGGGUGCAAUAUAGCUGCAAAACUCCUGAGCGCCAAAUUUGACCGACUUGGCUUGCGAUUUAGCCGCCUUUUGCAUCCUGACAAAUUCUGCUUCAAGCUGAUGUCAGGAUUAUCUGCUAAAGCUAUUCUGCUGAAUAAUGCUGGAACUCCCAUCCCAACAGUAGCAGCAGCCAAAGUCACGGGUCAUACGUUGGGAUCUGCUGCUAAUCUGGCAGAGGUCAGCUUUCGAAUGGAAGGCCUUCAAGAGGUCAUCAUGAAAAUCCUCACACCAGUCACAGGAGUCCCUGAUCUGAAGCAAAUUCAGCGUAUCUUAAAUAAGUUCCCAGGUUGGAAGUCCUUGCCAGAAAAAGUACCUCUAGCUUCAGCGUACCUGAAACUGUUCGAUCAAGAGAUAGCCUUUGUGGAGUUCAAAAGGAAUGACAUUCAGAAAGCCAUUCAAUCAGUCACUGAUGCACGUGGAAAACGCAGCACAUUGACGAAGCUGCUCACAUGGCUACAGAAGCCAGUUGAAUUGCACCCUGCAGCAGCAUUGAUGGGUGCCGAGCUGAGACGGUUUGUCCCUACCUGUGUUGGUCUGUCCAUGGAACUCUCCUUCCUUUCAACUGUUGUGGCAAAUGCCAAUAUCAACGUUGAUGCACGUAUCCCUUCAUCCAUCUCUUCCUUUUCUCAAUUGCUCAGUGCUGAUAUCCAGCUGAAGGCUCAGCUAAACCCAAGUGUGUCUGUGUAUGGUAAAGCCAUCAUUGGAAUAAAUACUCCCUUUGUCCAGUCUGGCUUAGAACUUGAUGCAAAACUCCGUUCUGCUUUCUCCGUCGAUGUGACAGUGAAUGCGAAUGUAAAAGAAAGAAAUUUGAAAAUUGAAACAACAGCAGUUGAACAGGAAAAUCAAAUCUUGUCUUUAAGAUCAGAAGUAUUUGCUGUUUCAAGAAACAUUGAGAAUUUGUCUGCAGCAAAAUCAGUCCUGAUUUUACCUGAAGCAGAAGAGCCAAGCAUCACAAAUCAAAAAUUCAAGGCAACCUGGCGCAACCCAACAGAUUCAGCACCUUGCUCAGGAAUCAUAGCUGAUGAAGAUGAGUGUCGUGAUCAAGCACAGCGGCGAGCCCCAAGGCCCUCAUUGAGCAACACUUGUGCUAGAAUGACUACAUUUGGCUUUGAUGUGUGCCUGAACGCAAAAUCAGCAAGUGCUGUUUACAUCCGCCAUGCUCCACUGUACAGGCUGAUGGGAGGGCACAACAUCAGAAUCAUAAUCAGACCAGUCCAAUCAGAGACAAGAAUCGAAAGGUUGCGGCUGGAAGUGCAGACAGGUCCCAAAGCAAGUGCUAAGAUGAUUCGGCUUCUGGAGGUAGAGGAACUGCUCCCCGAAAGAGCUAGAAUGGAAAACCACGCUUGGGACAAAAGCUCCUCAUCCAGGUCAAUUUCUACAAGUUUGUCAGGAAGCAAGUCCACCUCUCAAAGAUCUUCGGUGUCAAAUGAUAAUUCACACAGUGAGCAUCACAACAUUCACCAGAAGGAAGAUCGACAGUCUCCAAUAUCUGAAAAGAGCAGCAACAGCACCAGUCAUCACACAGAUAUCAGCUCCAGCGGAUACAGGUUCUCCACCAGUGCAUGGAGAAUGAACCAGGACCUCAUGGAUAUUGAGUUCAAGUCAGUUGGAAAGGUUAAGGAGAUCGAUGUUGGUGUGGCUGUAACAGUUAUCGCAGAACCAAUCAUUAACAAAAUUCAUCUGGACUCCAAUCUCACAGCCGACAAUACCAGAGUUUGGACACAGAAAGAUCUGGUCCUGGCAGCACUGACACAGCUGGUGGGGAGGAGGGAAACCAAAUGGCCACAACGAGAACUGAAACUUAUUUGGACCCGGAGAGACCAAAUCACGAGUAAUCUCAUUGGAGAUAUAGGCACACCGUCGAUCACCAUCCUUGCUCAAGCUAAAAGGACUGAUGGCAAACAGCAAGGGUAUCAGCUCACAGGAUCGAUGAAAAGUUCAGAUGGCAGGCCUCGAAUGCAUCUACGAGUUGUUGAAUUGAAGGAAGACAGCAACUGGAAAAUGUGCACUGAUGCUGUAAUCCCGAAAGCACACAAAGCAUUGUUAAUGUUCAGAUGGGGUGAAGAUUGCCAGAAGUUUAAAAUAUCUUAUGAGGCAUCAUUGGGACAUCUUGCAGGCCAUCCAGCUAUGAAAAUUAAAACUCAAUGGUCAGAAAUUCCUGCUGCAAUGAUAUCUGGUGGAAGGGUGAUCGGAUCUGGACUUGCUUUUCUAUUGGGAUUUUCCAAUAAAUUCAAAAGUAAUCCUUCUCAUCAGAUCACACAACUGAUAGCCCUAACAUCACCAUGGACCAUCGAUACAAUUGUUAAACUACCCCGGUUCACAAUCUAUUACCAAGGCUUCGAGCUUCCAUUGCCAUUGCAUGUUCAUUUAAUGACCCCAGUCAUUCGGACGAAAGGGUUUAAAAGCAUCAAUGAAAUUCCACAGCUGCUACUGACGAUGAACCAACGAGAAUGUAUUUCAGAGGGUGAACGAGUUGUUACGUUCGAUGGCAAUGAAUUAAAACACACAAUUCUUAAUGAUUGCUACUACAUCCUGACCAAAGAUUGUUCACCUACUCCAAAAUUUGUUCUCUUAAUGCGGCGCGCUGUUAAUCAGCAAAAGAAGAAGGAAAUAAAGCUGCUCAUAUCUGUGCCCGAUAUUGUAAUUGAAGCAUAUCCAACACGGUAUGGUAUAAAGUUCUUGGUGGACAAUGUUGAAAUCACUUUGAGCAAUGAAGAAAAGGUCAUACAAAAUGUACGCGCUUGGCAGAAUGGGACAGGAAUUAUUUUAAAAGCAUCAUCAAUCAAUAUUGAACAAUUGUUCUUUGAUGGAAACAGUGUGCAGAUUAUACUCGAUCACAUGAUGAGUAAGACAUGUGGUAUUUGUGGACUCAAUAAUGGUGAAAAAAAGCUGUUGAUGCCAAAUCAAGAGGAAGCCAAAGAUGUCGAGUGCCUUUUCGAAUCAUGGACAUGUCCAGGGCAAACCUGCAAAGAUGAUUGCAAAGUUAGAAGAACAUUUGUGGAACUAGGAGAACUUGUCAAGUUUGAAGGACAGGAAUCCAGAUGCUACUCAGUCGAACAAGUUCAACGUUGCCUGGAAGGGUGUUCACCAAUUGAAACACUCUCUCGCAUUGUUAAUUUCCACUGUGGGAUCGAGGCAGGCUGGGAAACUGGCUUUAAUGUGGGCCACGACCAGCCUCGCGAAGCACCUCUUGAUUAUUGA